AUGGACACUGAGAACUUCACUUCAGAAGCAGGGUUCAUUCUCUUGGGACUCACCUCUCAUCGAACAGAACAAAUUCUGGUCUUUGCGGUCUUCCUAACAAUCUACUUGCUCACAGUUUUGGGUAACCUGCUGAUCAUCCUGUUGGUACACACUGAUGCUCAACUGCACACACCUAUGUACUACUUCCUCAGCCAUCUUGCAGGGUUGGAUAUUGUCUAUGUCACUACCACGAUGCCUCAGACUUUAGCCCAUCUCCUGUUUGGAAAAGGAGCACUUUCCUUGACCUGUUGCAUUUUACAGGGAGCCAGUGCUCUGAGCUUAGGUAGUACUGAAUGUUUGCUGUUGGGUGUCAUGGCUUAUGAUCGCUACUUGGCCAUCUGCAACCCUUUGAGAUACGCCUCUGCCAUGGACAUGAAGCAUUGCCAUUUGCUUGCCACCUCCUGCUGGAUCAUAGGUGGUCUUUUCUCCAUGGUCAAUGUCUUUUUCAUCCUUCAACAUUCCUUCUGUGGUCCCAACCACAUCAACCACUUCUUCUGUAAGCUGCAUUUUUUGCUAGAUCUCGCCUGUAAUGAUAUUAAAGUCACCAAAGCCAUUUUCAAUAGUCUUUCAGCAAUUAUUGUCAUGGUUCCCUUUUGGUUUAUCUUGUGUUCCUACGGUUGCAUCCUGUAUUCCAUUUGUCAAAUGCGGUCAGCUGCAAGGUGGCAUAAAGCUUUCUCCACCUGUGGCUCCCACCUUGUUGUGGUCACCUUGUUCUAUGGUACCAUCAUGUCUAUAUAUAUAAUCCCCCAAUCAAGCUCAUCUCCUGAUAGGAACAAGAAUGUUGCGGUUAUGUACCUUGUGGUCACUCCUCUGCUUAACCCCAUCAUUUAUACUUUGCGGAAUAAGGAUGUCCACAGGGCUGUGGUCAAGGUGUUGAGAAGAAUGAACUUUGAAGAAAAACCAUGA